AUGGAGAUCAGAAGGGAGAUCUUUGAACUUUAUGAGAAAGGAGUGACACUUCAUAAUGAAGGUAAUUAUCGUGAGGCGGCUAAAGUUCUAGAACAAGGCAAACAAAUGGCAGAAGAGAAUUUAGACACAAAAGACAAACUGAGACUGAGAGUUCUUUGUUAUCUGGGGGAGACAUACAUUAGUAAUGGAGAAUUUAUGAAAGCACAAGCUGUUCUUGAAGACAUUCUAUCAGUUCAGAGACAAGAGACACCUAAUGUCUUAUUAGCUGACACCUUGCAUGCUCUGUGUAAAUGUUACCACAAUCAAUACAAAUCCAUGGAUGCCACCACACGAUUGCUGAAGGAGAGCUUGUCAAUAUAUCAGAAAUACGUCUCAGCUAAUGAUGUUCGUGUUGCAAAGACUACACUAGAAUGGCAGUGUGCACGGGCUAUGGACAUGCUUGGUAGAUGCUUUAUGAGACAAGGGAACCUUUCUGAUGCUGAAAGAAUAUUGAGAGAGUCUCUGGAGAUCAUAAAAUCUGCUCGACCAGAAGAUCCUGUUUCUAUUGCUAAUGGUCAGUUGUCACUUGCUCAGUGUCUGUACCAACAAGGUAAAGAAAGUGAAUCUAUUGAACUGACAAAGGAGUGUGUCAGGAUUUGGAAAUCGCAUUUCCAUCUAAGGCAUCCCAGUGUGGCUACAGCUGUUUAUCAACUCGGAUCUUAUUUAAUGGAAUCAGGAAAAUUGGAUGAGAGUGAAGAUUAUGUAAGAGAAUCACUUGAGAUAUGCAGACAUUCUUUCCAUGAGAAACAUCCUAAUACAGCAAUGUCAUUAAAAAGGUUGGGACAAUGUCUGAUGAGAAAAGGGAAAGAUGAGGAAGCUGAGAAACUUCUGUCAGAAGCUGUAGACAUCGAAAGAGUUUCUCUCCCUCAAAAUCAUCGGGACAAAAUCUGCACUUUCAUGUCAUGGUCAAAGAGUCUCUCAAAUAUUGCUGACUACACACGUGCUCAUCAUGCGCUAUUAGAAUCUCUUCAAAUAAUUAAUAUUAACAAACUUCCCAGCAACAGCUUUGAGAGAUUAGAAGUAAAUCGUCUACUAAAGAGAUUGAGCACUUUCCAACAGCAACAGCAUGAAGAGACAAUUAUUCCUGAAGAGAAAGAAGGAAUUGAAGAGACGGAUGCAUCUCACAACAGUGGAUCAGAAUGGCUCACAUUAGUAGCCAAAUCACUAACUGGUGAAGCUGUUGAAUUGAAAGCAAAAGCGUCUGAUACUGUUGCCACGUUGAAGCAUCAAUUGCAAACCAAGGAUGAGCCUUCAUCAUGGGAUCAAUUGCUUCUUUUGAAUAAAAAACAACUACACAAUGAGCAAACAUUAGCUGAUGCAGGAGUAACCGAUGGAACAAUACUGAGUGUCGUUCUUUGUCCUCGUGGUGUGACGGGCAUGGGAGCCGAUGCGGGUGAGUUAUUUGUUCGAGCGUUGUCACAAGGAGCAGUCGAAGUGAGUCGAGUCAAGAUUGUCAUUGUCGGCAAAGACAGAACUGGCAAGACGUCCUUUAAACGAUCCUUGCUCAAACAGAAGUUUCAGAUCAUUCAACCGAGCACACCUGUGGCAAUGGCAGAGUUGGCAGUGUGUGAAGCAUCCAACUGGAGACUGGUCAAGGACAAGGACCAGGAAUUUUUAGACAAACAAAUAGCUAGAGCAGCCAUGCAUGCAAUGCAUGAUUCUAGUGCAAACGUUUCAGGUAGUGAAGGUGAGAGUCAAUCUGACGAUGGAAGAGCAGAUUGGCCACAUCUUCACAGUCGUGUCGAUCUCGACUCAACAGUCGGUAGAGAAUCUACAUCAACUGAUACUAGAGUAAGUUACGUUGAUGAAGUGAUAGUUCUAACUGAAGGGAUUGCUCGUGCUAUUCGAGAUUUCCAAAGUGAUCCUGAUCUUCUAAAGAAGGAAGAUUCAAAAGUUCACGUUACCAUUUGGGAUUUGGGAGGUCAAGAGCCACUUCUUCCUGGUCAAGGACAAGCCAUCACAUCGGGAUGUGUCGUUUGUGUCGUAUUUAAUGCAUCUCAGUUUCUAGGUGACAAGGCCAAGUCAUUCUACGUUCCUUUUGCCAAGAGACGACGACAGUCGUGA